AUGUGGAAAUCACGGACCUCUUCUGUUCAAUUACCCCCGAAUCCAAGGAUUAAUUGGGCGAAGCUGGAUUCUCAUCAUCCAAAAACGCUCAAUAAAGAACUCAGUGAUCUGUAUUGGAGCGGUAUCGAUCGAGACCUGGAUGAAAUACUGCGGUUCCUCGACAUGUCCUUUGCCAAGAGAGCCACUCGCUUGGCAGUGAACGACGCUUUAGUGUACGAUGUUUUAGCCAAUCUCAAUUAUGGCAACUCCGAGAAUCUUACGAGAAGAGAAUACUUGGCUCAGAUGCUUCUACGAGCAGCACGCACGCACUCCAUCAAUAACAACACUGGAGCCGCAUACUCGACAUUGACAAGAUGGUUAAACAUCGGGAACCUGGAUUCAAGCUGGGUACAUGGCUUCGGCCACGAGCACCACAAUGUAAGCACUUAG